GGAAGCUUCUGAAUGGGAGCUUCGAGAAAGCGCCCCUUGUAUAAAAAGACAGGAGUAGGCCCAGGGGUCCUCAGAUACAGCGAGUGAGAGGACAUUCACCUGAAUCCAUAGAGGAUUAGGACCAGUGAAAUACAGAGAUUUAAAUACUAGAUUKAUCUGCAAAGGAACAGCAGAGACGCUCUGAGAUUCAAUCUACAGCGAUCAGAAAACGCCAAGUGAAGCACAGGAGCACAUUCUUAUCUAGUCAAGAUGCCAGAGAUAGCCAGCCACACCAUGGAGGAGGAAGUGGAGACCUUUGCCUUCCAGGCUGAGAUCGCCCAGCUGAUGUCCCUGAUCAUCAACACCUUCUACUCCAACAAAGAGAUCUUCCUUAGACUCAUCUCCAACUCCUCAGAUGCUUUGGACAAGAUCAGAUACGAGAGCUUGACACCCCACCAAAUUGGAUUCCUGCAAGGCCUGAAGAUCGAGGUCACCCCUGACCUGCGCACUCGCACCUGACCCUGGUUGACACCGGCAUCGGCAUGACCAAGGCCGACCUGAUCAACAACCUGGGAACCAUCGCUAAGUCUGGCACCAAGGCCUUCAUGAG